AGAAUGAGAGAGCUAGUACGUGUAUGGCGUCUAGAAAGAGAUAGCUAGCUGUGUGGAAGGAACAAAGAGAUAGCUAGCUGUGUGGAAGAAAGAAGGAGAGAGCUGUGGAAAAAAAGAAAGAAAAAGAAAAAAGAAAAAAAAAGAGAGACCUGUGUGCGAAUUGGCGGCUGCACGUGAAAGACUACAAGUGAUUCUUGUGAGAAAGAGAGGUAGUAGGUGUGUGGAAGAACGAAAAAAGCCAAAAGAUACCUGUGUGGAAGAGCAAAAGAAAGGGGUAAUACGUGUGUGUGGAAGAUCGAAAGAAGGAGAGAGAGGUAGUAGGUGUGUGUGGAAGAUCUAAAGAAGGAGAGAGAGGUAGUAGGUGUGUGUGGAAGAUCGAAAGAAGGAGAGAGAGGUAGCAGGUGUGUCACAGUGGAAGAUCGAAAGAAGGAGAGGGAGGUAGUAGGUGUGUGGAAGAUCGAAAGAAGGAGAGAGAGGUAGUAGGAGUGUCACAGUGGAAGAUCGAAAGAAGGAGAGAGGUAGUAGGUGUGUGUGGAAGAUCGAAAGAAGGAUCUCUCUCUCUCUCUCUCUCUCUCUCUCUCUCUCUCUCUCUCUUGUCUCUAGCGUGGCGGCUGCAGGUGAAAAGACUCCAAGUGACACUCUCAGGCUUGUGAGAAGAGAGAGGUAACCACCAUGCAUGACUUCUGUCUGACUUUCCCCUUUGCCGGGAUUCUGGUAAUGGGAGGCCUGGUCGGGUUCAUCAAGAAAGGGAGCUCGGCUUCACUCCUAGGAGGAGUAGGGAGUGGAGGCAUACUCUUCCUCGCUUCACUAAUUAGUCUAUCAGCAUACAACAACGGCACGAGCUCGAUGGCGGCGCUGGUGGUAGAAACCGUGGUGUCAGCCGCGUUGAGUGUGGUUAUGGGAAAGAGGUACAUGCAAACGACCAAGUUCAUGCCAGCAGGAUUAGUAGCCAGUCUGAGCGUCGUGAUGACCAUGUUUUAUGCGAUGAAGCUCAUGACAGGAGGCAAUGAUAUCCGACAAAAACUUAAAAAGUGAUGCGCAGAAGCUGGACUGAACGUUCAUCGAAGCUGGACUGAAGAUUCAUCGAACGUUCAUCAAAGUUGGACUGAACGUUCAUCGAACGUUCAUCGUAGCUGGAGUGAGAUUCAUCGAACGUGGGACUGCUGAACAUUCAUCGAACGUGGGUGGGACUGAACAUUCAUCGAACGUGGGUGGGACUGAAUAUUCAUCGAACGCGGGACUGAACAUUCAUUGCACGUGGGAAUGAACAUUCAUUGAACAUGGACAUUCGUCAACGUUAUGUGCACGCUGUGUCUACGUGUGACGAAAUGUGUCCUGCUUGAGUGAAUGUCAGUCAAAUCUGACUGGGUCGUACUAUGCAUUGAGCCUGGACAUUCAGCGAACGUGAUUGGUAUCAGAUUGCAAAUGAGAGUUG